AUGGAAACACCAAUCUCGUCUGUUGACUCCUCUCCAGUCACAAAGGAAGCAAAGAAGCGCACCAAGCUCCAAGGAAUGUUCAACUAUCCAGAUGGACGAAACAUUCGAGAAAAACACUAUCCCGCUGGAAGAAACCAGUGGGUGACUGUCUUCUUCAACUGGGCUGAUCACCAACUUGACGACGAAGAUUUGAUGGACCUUGUGGUGGCUCGCAUCGUCGCCCGAGACGGUAUCAUUUCAUCUGAGCCCGUCCAUCACGACGUCAAAUGGUGCCUGUCCCUGCGUGUCCCAGGAUACUGGAAUUUGAGCGACAUUGAAAUUGCCAGUACCGCCAAAGACAUUGCAAAAUGGUAUCGAAGUGAGAUUCGCCAUGCCGGUAUGCAGAUCAACCGAAGAUAUCUGUUCCGCCGCAACAAUCGUCGAAAAAUGCGUCAUGGUAACAUCGACCACGCUGAUUGCAAGCGCCUCUCCCAGGUUUGCUUCGCGAAAUGA